AGCCCUGUUCGAACGUCAAAAAAUUCAACAACGUGGCAACUCUGUUCAGGUAGCCAUCUUUCUUUCUUUUCCCAACUUCACGACCGCGUGGACGUCGAUACGUAAAAGGGGACUACACAUUACAAAAUGACCAACUCAAAGGGCUAUCGUCGCGGCACCCGAGACAUGUUCUCUCGCCCCUUCCGUAAGCAUGGUGUGAUUCCGCUGUCCACAUAUAUGCGCGUCUUCAAGAUUGGAGAUAUUGUCGACAUCAAGGGACAUGGUGCUGUGCAAAAGGGUCUGCCCUACAAAGCCUACCAUGGCAAGACCGGCCGCAUCUUUAAUGUAACACAGCAUGCAGUGGGUGUCAUUGUAAACAAACGUGUACGCGGCAAGAUCCUAGCCAAGCGCGUUAAUGUGCGCAUCGAGCACAUUCACCACUCAAAGUGCCGUGAGGACUUCUUGCGUCGCGUGAAGGAGAAUGAGCGCCUGCUCAAGGAUGCCAAGGAGAAGGGACAGUGGGUCACUCUGAAGCGUCAGCCUGAGCAGCCAAAGAAGGCGCAUUUCGUCAAGAAACUGGAGGAGCCCAUCGCCCUGGCACCAAUUCCAUACGAAUUCAUUGCCUAAGCUCAUUAAUAAACGGAUUGUGUUUGCUA